ACACGGCUACACACUGUCUAAUCACUCGGAAUCGUCGGAUAGUGCACUACGGUCCGUCAAUGCGUUGAUGUAACGCAAACAUGACGGUCACAUUCCAUAGUUCACUUUUAGAUGUUAUUAGCUCCAAUCAUUUUACCGACAUGGAAAUCGGUAAUUUGGAGAGGUAUACCGUAAACAGAUUUGUCGAGCUUUGCUUAAACGUGCCGGCUAAUAGUUUUAUAUUCAGCAAUCGCAUCAGUGAUGUUUUUAAUAUGUGGGAUAAAAAAUGGACGUACCUGUCCGCGGGAAAGCUCGGUGCGUGUGUGAAAAUGGCGUCGGAUAAGCGCGGGCGACGGCAGCGCCGCGCGGAGCAGCGCGGGUGCGCGCGCGCCGCCGCUGCAAAUCGCGUUAUUUCAGGAUGUCUCCCGCGAAGUCUUCAAAACACCUCUGCGACAGAUAAACAUGCCAGUAACUCCGCAGAUAUGGACGUAGGCAGAAGCAGAUAUAGUCGGCCACGUAAACAAUUGUUUUUCUUCGAAUCGAACACGAUGCCGUGA